AUGGCUGACGAGAAAACAACCCCCGGCGUGCAAGAGGCACCGCCUUCAUCCAGCCCGACGACACACCCGGUCGGCGAGCCAAUCCCGCGUCCUGCCGGAUGGAUGUACAAGGGCUUCCGAUUCGGCGGCAAGAGGGAGUUCUGGUAUGCAUCGCCCCAGGUUCAGCUGAUCAUGGUGGCCAUGGUGUGCUUCCUGUGCCCCGGUAUGUUCAACGCCCUUGGCGGCCUCGGAGGUGGUGGUCAGGUCGACGCCAAGGCUCAGGAUGAUGCCAACACGGCCCUGUACUCGACUUUUGCUGUUGUUGGUUUCUUCUCCGGAACUUUCGCCAACAGACUCGGUGUCAAGCUUACCAUGUCUCUUGGUGGUCUGGGCUACUGCAUUUAUGCCGCCUCUUUCUUGUCCUACUCUCACACUCAGAAUGAUGGCUUUGUGGUCUUCGCUGGUGCCUUCCUCGGUGUCUGUGCUGGUCUGCUCUGGUGUGGCCAGGGUGCUAUCAUGAUGAGCUACCCUCCCGAGGACAAGAAGGGACGCUACAUCGCUCGUUUCUGGAUCAUCUUCAACAUGGGUGCUGUCAUCGGUGCUCUGAUCCCCCUGGGCGAGAACAUCCACAAGACCGCAGGCGCCGUCACUGAUGGCACCUAUGCCGCAUUCAUUGUUCUCAUGUUUGCUGGUGCCGUGAUCGCACUUUUCCUGUGCAACGCCAAUUCUAUCCAGCGUGACGAUGGCUCGCAUGUCAUUCUGAUGAAGAACCCAAGUUGGUGGUCUGAGCUCAAGGGUUUGUACGAGACAAUCAUCUCAGACCCCUGGAUCCUCUUCCUCUUCCCCAUGUUCUUCGUCUCCAACACCUUCUAUACCUGGCAAAUGAACGAUAUGAACGGUGCUCACUUCAACGUCCGCACGCGUGCCCUCAACAACGUGCUCUACUGGGCUGCUCAGAUCUUCGGUGCUGUCAUCUUCGGCUUCGCUCUGGAUUUCGCCAGAAUCCGUCGCUCGGUUCGUGCUAGAAUCGCGUUUGGUGCUCUGGUGACUCUCACCUUCGUUGUCUGGGGCGGUGGCUGGGCUUGGCAGAAGCAGCAGCCGACUCGUGAGGUUGUUGAGGCCGUAGAUGCGGAUGGCAACCCCACCUAUACCGGCCGAGCUGACUGGACUGAUGGUGGCAAGAAGUUCAUUGGACCCAUGUUCCUGUACAUCUUCAUGGGCUUCUUUGAUGCCGCCUGGCAAACCUGCAUCUACUGGUACAUGGGUGCCUUGUCCAACUCCGGCCGCAAGGCUGCCAACUUUGCCGGUUUUUACAAGGGUAUUCAAUCCGUCGGCAAUGCUAUUUUCUGGAGACUGGACGGCCUCAAGAAGCCAUACAACACCAUCUUCGGUGCGACUUGGGGCACUUUGGGCGCCGCCCUUGUGUUUGCCGCGCCCAUUAUUCUGCUCCGAAUCAAGGACACUAUCUCUCUUGAAGAGGAUCUGAAGUACACCGAUGAGACAGUUGAGGAUGUCGCCCCUGUCGAUGUUCUUCCUCACCACACCGACAAGGCCGAAGUUUAA